AUGUCGCCAGUAACGCGCUAACCCGUGAACAGGGGUUGACUUUGUAAUAGUGCAGUAUUUUCUACACAAGGUUACAUUCAAUAAGCAUUUAUUUCUAUGAGUGCUGUGCUAAAAAGAGUCAACACAAGAAUAUUUUUCUUGAAAACAUAGUUUCACACUGUAUCAGCAUCUGCUCAUUACUUUAGGCUGUGCGAUUUUACCUUCUUUAAAUACAUGACAUUGAUCCUUAACUCAGUCUAUCAUGUUUAAUAUAUAGAGAAAAAGUCAGACUGGUCCUUCUGGUCGAUGGUGCACCGCGGAUGAAUACAUCCGCACACUGAAACGAGUGUGUAUAAAGAUUCCGGUCUAUUAAAAGGAAGUCCCUUUCCAUUUCCCUGCGUCAGAGAGCAGAAGGGAUAGAUUUUGGUUGCAUUAAUUCAAGAAAAGUGAACGAAAUAAACAAGAUGCCUGAAGAAAUGCACCAAGAGGAGGAGGCUGAGACCUUUGCCUUCCAGGCAGAGAUUGCUCAGUUGAUGUCCUUGAUUAUCAACACCUUCUACUCCAACAAAGAGAUCUUCCUCAGGGAAUUGAUCUCCAACGCCUCUGAUGCUUUGGACAAAAUCCGCUAUGAAAGCUUGACUGAACCAACCAAGAUGGACAGCGGCAAGGAUCUUAAAAUCGAGAUCAUCCCCAACAAAGAUGACCGUACCCUGACCCUCAUCGACACUGGAAUCGGCAUGACCAAAGCUGACCUGAUCAACAACCUGGGUACCAUCGCCAAGUCCGGCACCAAGGCCUUCAUGGAGGCCCUGCAGGCUGGAGCUGACAUUUCUAUGAUCGGUCAGUUUGGUGUGGGUUUCUACUCUGCCUACCUCGUUGCUGAGAAGGUGGUGGUCAUCACCAAACACAACGAUGAUGAGCAGUACGCCUGGGAGUCCUCUGCCGGAGGUUCCUUCACAGUCAAGGUUGACCCUGGUGAGCCAAUCGGCCGUGGAACAAAGAUCAUCCUGCACCUGAAGGAGGACCAGACUGAGUAUAUUGAGGAGAAGAGGGUCAAGGAGAUUGUGAAGAAGCACUCUCAGUUCAUCGGCUACCCCAUCACCCUGUUUGUGGAGAAGGAGCGCGACAAGGAGGUCAGUGACGACGAGGCAGAGGAGGAGAAGGCAGAGAAGGAAGAGAAGGAGGACGGCGAGGACAAACCAAAGAUCGAGGACGUGGGCUCUGACGAUGAGGAGGACUCAAAAGACAAGGACAAGAAGAAGACCAAGAAGAUCAAGGAGAAGUACAUCGACCAGGAGGAGCUGAACAAGACCAAGCCCAUCUGGACCAGGAACCCAGACGACAUCACAAACGAGGAGUAUGGCGAGUUCUACAAGAGUCUGACCAAUGACUGGGAGGAUCACCUGGCUGUGAAGCACUUCUCCGUUGAGGGCCAGCUUGAGUUCCGUGCCCUGCUCUUCAUUCCCCGCCGCGCACCUUUCGACCUCUUUGAGAACAAGAAGAAGAAGAACAACAUCAAGCUGUACGUCAGGAGAGUCUUCAUCAUGGACAACUGCGAAGAGCUCAUCCCAGAGUACUUGAACUUUGUCCGUGGCGUGGUGGACUCUGAGGACCUGCCACUCAACAUCUCAAGAGAAAUGCUGCAGCAGAGCAAGAUCCUUAAGGUCAUCCGUAAGAACAUCGUCAAGAAGUGUCUGGAACUGUUUGCUGAGCUGGCUGAGGACAAAGAGAACUACAAGAAGUUCUACGAAGGCUUCUCCAAGAACAUCAAGCUCGGCAUCCACGAGGACUCUCAGAACCGCAAGAAGCUAUCCGAGCUGCUGCGCUACCACAGCUCCCAGUCUGGAGACGAGACCACCUCCCUGACAGAGUACCUGACCCGCAUGAAGGAGAACCAGAAGUCCAUCUAUUACAUCACUGGUGAGAGCAAGGACCAGGUGGCGAACUCCGCCUUCGUCGAACGCGUCCGCAAGCGCGGCUUCGAAGUCCUGUACAUGACAGAGCCCAUCGACGAGUACUGCGUCCAGCAGCUGAAGGAGUUCGACGGCAAGAGCUUGGUCUCCGUCACCAAAGAGGGCCUGGAGCUGCCAGAGGAUGAGGAGGAGAAGAAAAAGAUGGAGGAGGAUAAGGCCAAGUUCGAGAGCCUUUGCAAGCUCAUGAAGGAGAUCCUCGACAAGAAAGUGGAGAAGGUGACAGUGUCAAACAGACUGGUGUCCUCACCCUGCUGUAUCGUGACCAGCACUUACGGCUGGACGGCCAACAUGGAGAGGAUCAUGAAGGCCCAGGCUCUCAGGGACAACUCCACCAUGGGCUACAUGAUGGCCAAGAAGCACCUGGAGAUCAACCCAGACCACCCCAUCGUGGAGACUCUCAGGCAGAAGGCCGACGCUGACAAGAACGACAAGGCCGUGAAGGACCUCGUCAUCCUGCUGUUCGAAACCGCCCUGCUGUCCUCAGGCUUUUCCCUGGAUGACCCACAGACCCACUCCAACCGCAUCUACAGAAUGAUCAAACUCGGCCUGGGUAUUGAUGACGACGAUAUCCCCACAGAGGAGGUCGCUUCCUCAUCCGUCCCAGAUGAGAUCCCUCCCCUAGAAGGCGACGGUGAGGACGAUGCUUCACGUAUGGAGGAAGUCGAUUAAACCAAUCUCCCAAAUUUCUAACACUUUAGCCUCACUUUUCAAUUGUUCAUCCUUUAAAAAAAACUGCAGUAACUGCAAAACAAAUAGUCAUUCAUGUUGUGUGGUGGACCAGUGUUGCUCUUGUGUCCAGAGCAUAACUCUGCAAAGACCCCCUUUUUAAGAAAAGCAGUUUUGGUUUUUGCGUUCAUGGUGACAGCACAUAUGUUUUAAAGAGUACCUUGUUGCACUGAGUUUUAAAUGUUGGCGCGGUUAUUAGUGAACAUGGGAAUGGUACAUUCCACUAUCAGAUCAGGUCUGGUGGAGGGUUUGUUGAAGGUUCUGCUCAUGUGCAACAUUGCACGCUGCAUGGAGAGAGGACUGUAAGAUUCCUUUGCCUGAGUCCAGGCUUGUCUGUAUUCCAAGUCUUGUUUUGCAAAAAAUUAAAAGAUGUAAUACCUAA